AAAUAUCACUGAUUUCCUUUGUUUUUUUUUGAGUGACAGGGGAAUGAUAAACAUUGGGUUAAAGCGAUUUCCAAAAGCUUUGGAGUGUCUUCAUAAUGUUGUUACUGCACCAAUGUCAACGAUUAAUGCGAUAGCUAUAGAAGCAUACAAAAAAUAUAUUCUUGUUGCGCUUAUUCAUCUUGGGCAGAUUCCUUCGCUUCCAAAAUAUACUGCAUCAACUGUGCUAAGGAGUCUGAAAAGCUAUGCUCAGCCGUAUGUUGGUUUGGCUAGUUCGUAUGCAACAGGAAAAUUUUCAGAGCUAGAAGCAUUUAUUCAGACUAAUGUGGAGAAGUUCCAAACUGACAAUAAUCUUGGAUUGGUUAAACAAGUUCUUUCAUCUUUGUACAAGCGCAAUAUCCAGAGGUUGACUCAAACUUACCUAACUUUGUCACUUCAAGAUAUAGCCAAUGCGGUUCACCUAAACACCUCAAAAGAAGCUGAAAUGCGAGUGCUUCAAAUGAUUCAAGAUGGGGAUAUAUUUGCAACAAUUAAUCAGAAGGACGGUAUGGUCAGUUUUCAUGAGGAUCCAGAGCAAUACAAAACUUAUGAGAUGAUUGACCAAAUUGAUUCAUCAAUUCAAAGAUUGAUGGCCUUGUCAAAGAAACUAACUGCAAUAGAUGAACAUAUUUCUUGUGAUCCGGCCUACAUUACAAAGAUUGGGAGAGAAAGACCUAGAUUAGACUUUGAUGACUUUGAUUCCGUUCCUCAUAAAUUCCUGUGAGGAUGAUUUGGGAUUGUUAAACUAUCUUAAGAAACAUGCUGGAUCGAAGGAGCCUCCCAUUGGGUAUGUUUCUUUUGUUGCAAGGAUCUUGAUAGUUUAUUAAUAGGCAUUACCACUCUUUGUUCUUGUCCUGAACUGCAGGCCAUUAUAUUGAUAUAAGCCUUUUUUGGGACUGUUAGAGGUCUUAUUAUAUGCUUUGUCUUAUAAGAGUAAAUAGAAGAUGAAUGUUAGUAAUUUUCAAAGCUAUAUAAUCACAUAUUGGAGUAAGGAUUGAUGUUGUGUGAGUGAGUUUUCUAUUUUUGCAGCUCAUACAACAUGACUAAUAUAGCGCUUGAUUCCAAUGGAAAUUUUUAUUAUUUUGACUCAACAUAAGUGCUUUCUUCUUUUCA